AGCAUUAGAAAGUGGGGGGAGACAAAUGUAAUUUCAGUUUCAUCUGGCCCUGAGCCCUGUCACUGACCAGCCCAGUCCUCCAGCGCAGCAGCUCCUCACAGGAAGCCUACAUGAGCCAGGAAGCAGCAGCAGCCUGUAGCUGAGUCCUCGCAGAAGUUGUCAGUGUCAGUGUGUCAGCAUGGCCGGGGGCUCGGUGUCUGAGUGUAAGGAGUACCUGUUCAAAGUGCUGGUCAUCGGGGAGCUAGGCGUCGGGAAGACCAGCAUCAUCAAACGCUACGUGCACCAGCUUUUCUCGCAGCACUACAGGGCGACGAUCGGGGUCGACUUUGCGCUCAAAGUCAUCAACUGGGACAGCAAGACUCUGGUCAGGUUACAGCUGUGGGACAUCGCAGGUCAGGAACGAUUCGGGAACAUGACACGAGUGUACUACAAAGAGGCCGUGGGGGCAUUCGUGGUGUUCGAUGUGACGAGGGGCUCUACGUUUGAGGCGGUGUCUAAGUGGAAGCACGACCUGGACAGCAAGGUGAAGCUGGCUAAUGGCAACCCCAUCCCCUCAGUGCUUCUGGCCAAUAAAUGCGACCAGAAGAAAGACAGCUCCAACAGCACAGCCCUAAUGGACAAUUUCUGCAAAGAGACUGGCUUUCUGGGCUGGUUUGAAACCUCAGCCAAGGAAAACAUCAAUGUCGAUGAGGCAGCACGUUUCCUGGUAGAGAAUAUCUUGGCUAAUGACAAAGGUUUGCCAUAUGAGGAGAGCAAUGGAGACCGUAUCAAACUGGACCAGGAGGCAGUGGUUGCUGAGAGCAAGUCAGGCUGCUGUUGACACUUGAUCCAUUCAUAUUAGCCAUCCGCCUCCCUUUGGCAAGGUUCAACCCGGGCACCCAGCAUGUGGUUCUCAGCGCUCUACUGCAGCCUCUCUGAGGAAUAUGAAUUAGUGGGUCUUCAAAGCUCUGGGAUCUUCUCCUCUCUGCACUGAUGCCCGUUUGACCUGCACAUCCAAGUGUCUCGUAGUUCUCUUUUGAGAAUAGAAGCCCAAUUUUAUCUUGAUGUUGUCGCAACUGUUGUCACGGUCUCUAUCGGACUGUUUCCUUCUUUGUUUCACACACAGCGUCUUUAUUAUUGUGUUUGUCUCGCUGCUUAUUUUCCUGAUUGUGUAUUCCACCACCAACUAAACUAUGACCCCCACCCAGCUCUCCAUGCUGGGACCACACUGCCCCUCCUGUUGCCCUGACAACUUCUGAAGCCCUGGACUAUGCCAUGCCUGAGAGGAGGGUGCAAACUAAGCAGGAAUUUAAGAAACACAAGCUCAAAAACAACCUGUAACCUCUUAAUUUCUGCCACUUGGUCUUUUUUUUUAUCUCAGUAUCUUUGUCAUUUAACAUUUAUCUGUGAAACAAGACACUGUAUUGUUUUCAGAUGGAUGUCAAUGAUGGCACACUCAUAUUUGGGUUUCCAGCUGUUUUCUAGACUACUGUGUAAAAAGUAAGCAAACAGGCAUCACUCGUUGUUGUCAUGAACUGUUGUCUUAACGCCAUUUCUUCUCUGACGUUACAUGCCAUUAUACAGUUUUUGUUAUGUUAAUUAGCGGGUAUACUUUUUGUUAUUCACUCAAACAUGUACAGACACCACAAAGACGGACAAUACAGCAUUUCCAGAAAAAACUCUAACAACAAUACUACAUGAGACAUUGAGAAAUCUUUGUUUGAUUGUCCACCAGUACGAAAAUGUGGAUCUGAUCACAGUAUGUAUUUUCUCUUAAAUGUGUUGGGUCAUGCAUGAGGCAACUGGUGAGAUACAUGUAUAAAAACAGAAUCAGAUAGAGAAAUACACUCUCUUGUACAUUAAAGUGUUCAGAUGAAAUAUGAAGGAUUUUUUUUUUUUAAACUUGGAGUUGAGAUUAAGUUUACAUGUGAAAAUACUUUAAAUCUACAAGACCAAAAUAGAAUAAACAUUUUAACAGAUUUGUGUUGUCCACUAGUGUUUAGACUGGCUGAUCUAGUUUAUCUACUGCAUUUAUAUAUAACAUAACAAAACACUGGAGCAUUGGUUGGCCAACAUGCCCCAUAUUAUUCAUAACUCGAUCAAGUUAUGACCUUCUGAUAGACAAGCUAAGUCAAUGAAUAAAUGAGAUCUGCACCAUAUACUUAAAGAGACACAUUGCUGAUUUUCAACCAGUUUUGUGUCAUAAUAAUGUGGGUAGUAUAUGCAAAUGAACUAUGUUAAACUUCACUUUAGCUUACCAGCACCCAAAUCUCCCUGCUCGCUUGUCAGAGAAAAUCUGUCGGAUGAAGAAGGUACUGUUGCUCGAACCGCAUCCUGUGCUUCCUCAUUUUUGUGAAGGAGGUUAAAAAGAGGAGACAUUGUGGCGUCAUAUGACAUCAUAUCCUUAGGGUACAGCACAUGCACAGUAAAAUCUGGUCUACAGUUGCUGAAAGGUUCAAUACCUCGAGCACUAUAAUAGAGCAUAUGGACAUGGUUGAAUCGUUUGAUACGAAAAAUAAAGAUAUGGGGGAGAAUUAAAA